GUUGGCUCCCGAGACAGUAACUCCUUGUGAAAUAUUUUAUAUAUAUAUAUAUAUAUAUAUAUAGCACGCCGUCUACGUUAUUUUGCUUUUUUUAUUGCUUCAAUUAUUGUAUAAUUUUAUGUGAAGGUCUCCGAUCGCAAGGAAGAGAAUCUGUCUCCCCCCCACUCCACCCUUUUUUUAAAGGGUGGAUCUCCCUUUCUUGGAUUCCUCCCCCUUUCCCCCUUUCCCCCUUUUUUGCAUAGAACACGGACUUUUAAUGGGAUGAUUAAUUAUGAUAUAAAAUAGUCCGCUCUUUCCAGGGUGAUCAUGCCAACCCACCCCUCCCUCCUCUCCUCUUCCCCAAACCCCCAUCAAACCCUGGUCUUCCCAUCUUCUUUGGGUCCCAAUUAAAAGAAAAGUUUCCUGGUCUAACUCGACCCCAAUACUCUCCCCCCACCUGAUUCCUUUCUCAUAAAAAGCAUAUGGGGAUAUAUAUAUAUAUAUAUAUAUAUAUAUAUAUAUAUAUAUAAUGAUGACUGGAAAACACUGACCCAUUAAUAGCCUGCGGACUGAUUUAUACUUUAUUGUUCUGCUGCCUGGCCACGUGACACCCGGCAGCCAAUGAGCUGACAGGCAGCCUUCAACUUAUUAGGUGACUGUACUUCUUCGCCAGGACCAAGUUGUUACAUGAAAUCUGCAGUUUCAUAAUUUCACCGGGGCUUGCCUCUCUCUCUCUCUCUCUCUCUCCCUUUCUCUUUCUCUCUUUUAUUCCUUUUUCUUCCCUCCUUCUUUCUCCCUCCCCUCCCUCCCCUCCAUAUCUCUCUUUCUUUCUGUCUCCCCUUUAUUUUUUCCUCCCCUUCCUCUCCUCCUUCUCCUCCUCCUCUUCCUCCUCUCCCUCCUUCCUUUCGGGCUGGGCUCCGAUGGCGAUGACUUCUUCGGGGACGCUCAGCAACUACUACGUGGACACUUUCCUCCUCCACGAGAGCGAGGACCUGGUGGGGCCCUCCCGCUAUGGGUCGGCCCCCUUGGGACAGCCGGCCCGGCAGGCCCCCUUGGGCGACCCCCACGCGGAGUUCACCCCCUGCAGCUUCCAGCCCAAGGCCUCGGUCUUCAGCGCCGCCUGGAGCUCCUCCGCCGUCCACCCUCCGAGCGCCAACCCGGUGCCCCCCUCCGCCGCCGCCGCCGCCGUCUACCACCCGCACCCCUACGUCCACCACCAGCCUCCCCUGGCAGCCCCCGACGGCAGGUACAUGCGCUCGUGGCUGGAGCCUCUGCCGGGCUCCUUGUCCUUCCCCGGCUUGCCGGCCGCCCGGCCUUACGGCGGCGGCAUUAAACCUGAACCGCUCCCGGCGGCCCGGCGGGGUGACUGUACCACCUUUGACCCGCACGCACUCUCCCUGACUGACUAUGCUUGUGGUUCUCCUCCAGCUGAAAGGGAUAGUAAGCAAGCCAACGACGGGGCCUUCGCGGAAAACAAUGGGGAGAGCGAGGCCAACGGAGACAAACCCCAGCUCGACCCAAACAACCCGGCUGCCAACUGGCUGCACGCGCGCUCCACUCGGAAGAAACGCUGCCCUUACACCAAGCACCAAACCCUGGAGUUGGAGAAGGAGUUCCUGUUCAACAUGUAUCUCACCAGGGACCGACGGUAUGAGGUGGCCCGGCUCUUGAAUUUAACCGAGAGACAAGUCAAAAUCUGGUUCCAGAACCGGAGGAUGAAGAUGAAGAAAAUCAACAAAGACCGAGCCAAGGAGGACUGACCAGGGCAGCUCCCUCCUGCCUGAAACCAGAGGAAAAUAUUCCUUUUUUGCCCCCUUCCUCCCUUCCACCCCGACGACGCGACACAACUUAACUCUUCCAUCUUCCUCAUGAGACUCUAGUGUCCAGGCCUCGCCUUACACCUCUUUUUUAUUUUAAAUACUUUCAUCUUUUUAAAAGUUUGUUUGGUUUUGGGUGGCUUUUUGUGUUUGUUUUGUCCUUGGCCAAAUCAGCUCUUGAAUGUACCUCGCCAGCGUGCAGGGAAAUAAAUGGCUGGGACCCGGUGCUAUUAUUGAAGAGGUACCACGAAUUUAAAUAUACCUAUAGAUAGAUAUGUGAACGUUUGUAAAAAGAAAAGAAAAACAAAGGGGGGAGGCAUUAACGCGAAAAAAGCUGAUGUUGUUGGCUUUGUCUAAAUCUACCUGUCCUUCUGGAAAGAAAGAAAGAAAGAAAGAAAGAAAGAAAGAAAGAAAGAAAAGAAAAGAAAACUACCUUUUUGUAAUGCACAAUUCUGUAUGGACUGUAUAGGUUAGUGGAAGUAGUUAAUUUUAUUUGCUUUUUGCGCGGCAGCAGAGAGAGAGAGAUCUGCUUUUAAAUACUUGAACACUGUGUUUUUAUUGUGGUAAUUAUGUUUUGUGACUCGGUUUUUAUUUUGUUGUUUUGUUUUUUGUGCUUGGGUGCUGUAUCCGAUGUGGUCGUGUAAGCUAGGAUUCAAUUUGAACUCAGGUUGUUUAUUAUAAAGGUUGCAUAGAGUAUAGCUCUGUAGUGUACAAGUCUUCCCUUUUCCCUCCCCGAACUCCAUCUUUAGCUAGAUAACCUUGGAUUGCAGUGAGUGCAGGGACACAACCCACAAUUGUGCAGGGACACAAUCCCUUCUUCCAAUGCUAUAAAUCCAUAUAUAUAUAUAUAUAUAUAUAUAUGGAUAUAUUGAUAUCGAUGAGGUACCUUGUUCCCCGAUAUAUGGAUAUAUAUAGGGCUUAUGGAUCCUUUGACCCAUUUCCUUUCGAACAAAUCAU